UAGAAAGCAAACGUGUCUCAGUGGCAGGAUGGAGGCGGACAGCCUACAGGGUCCCGGCAACAUGGACGACAACGUCGAUGGAGAAAAUCCGUUUGAACCGUAUUUAAUUUAUCUACGAAAAGAAUUGGAUAAUCAAGACCCAAUUCUUAUCAUAGGAAUUAUUGUUGCAUUGGCAGUAAUUGUCAUCACAUUUGUUUUCCUGAAAUAUUUUGUGAGCAGUAAAACUGUCCGAAGUUCCUUGUUGCUGGUGGGAUUGUGCGAUUCUGGAAAAACCCUCCUCUACAGCCGGCUGGUGUCGGGACAGUACAAGAGGACCCAGACCUCCAUCACCGACAGCAGCGCGCCUUAUAAAGCCAAAAACGACAAGGGCAGCAUCUGGACACUGAUCGACCUUCCGGGUCACGACAGCCUGAGGCCACAGUACCUGGAGAAGUUCAAGUCCUCCGCCAGAGCGUUUGUGUUCGUGGUGGACAGUGCCAUCUUCCAGAAGGAAGUGAGAGACGUGGCAGAGUUCCUUUACUUCCUGUUGACGGACAGCGUGGUGUCUCGGACUACCCCCAGCCUGGUGGUGGCCUGCAACAAGCAAGAUAUCACCAUGGCGAAGUCAGCCAAGCUGAUCCAACAGCAGCUGGAGAAGGAGCUGAACACUCUGAGGGUGACGCGCUCGGCGGCGCUCAGCGCCCAGGAUGGCUCGCUGGCGGGUGGUGCAGUCUUCCUGGGGAGGAAGGGGCGGGACUUUGAGUUCAGUCAGCUGCCCAUGGGGGUGGAGUUUGUGGAGUGCAGCGCCCGUGGGGGGGGCGAGGAGGGGGGUGCCGACAUUGAUGGUCUGGAGAGGGUUCUGUCCAAGCUGUGAGCCCCUCAACAUCACAGGGUCAUGGACAUGUGGCUGCUCUGAUCCCAAGCUGUAUUACCAACCAGAGAACAAUAAACAUUUCUGGUUUUUGACUGAAUUUGUGACAAUUGAGCAUUUAAACAGUCUGCUCUGUGCCUUGUGGGUUACUUCAACAGGGAUGGUGGCGUUGCUCUGAUCUGUAGGAUAAAUUGGCAUGUUUGAGUGGAACAAUGAAUGUAUGGGUCUUAAGAUGGCGUUGCUGUGUUUUCUGUUUGUAAAUAAAAUGAUUGGCUUAUA